AUGUAUUCGUGGAAACUUGCCAGUAAGUUCAAAUUUGGUAGAUCCAAGGAGGAGAAGGAGAAGGAGAAAGAGAAAGAAAGAGAGAAAGAAAGAGAAAAGGAAAGGGAGAAGGAAAAGGAGAAAGAGAAACAUGGCUUAUUUCAUUUCGGCAGCAAUAAAAGCGAGUCCCCAUACCUGGAGCCUCCCCGUAAUUCUUCUGAUAGGAAGGAGACCAUUGUUGCUUCCCCUUCUUCCAUAGCACCAGUUAGAUUGUCUUCGGACAUCAACAAGAGUUCAAAUGCCUCUUCAGCAUCUACAGUAAAGGAAGCAGAUACAGCCUCAGGGGAUGAGGAAAUGGAAACAAAUGAGUCGAGCACGCAUGAAUCCACUAGUGAGGUGCGAAAAUCUAAUAACGUACAUCUUUCUGGGAUCAUGACAGUUAAAAUUUACGGUGGAGAUGGGUUCAAGCUGCCAUUUCCUAUUACAUCGAAUAAACAAAUACUUACAAAACUGCUCAGUUCUGGGGUAAUAAAUCGGGCUGUAAAUGAGGUCAGUGUGGAAGACCUGAUUUCAACACUUUCUCAAGUUGGUUUGUCUGAUAACGACGAUGACAAUCUCAUCGAUGGCGAUGUUGCGACCCAUUAUAUCCCAUCUACUAUUACCUUGCCAGGUUCUUCUGAUCUUAAUCCCCUACUGUACUUCACCAUUGAAUUUGACAAUACUGUUGCGACGAUAGAACCGGAAUCAGGAACUAUUUGUCAACCAAUAUUUAAUAAGAUCUCAACCUUUGAUGUAACGCGUGACUUACCAUUUUUGAAGAUAGAUGUGUUUGCACGCAUACCAUCUAUUCUACUACCAUCGAAAGCCUGGCAAGAAAUCAAUUCAUCCGAUCCACAGCUUAAAGACGUCUUGGACAAAAUUAACUCCAAUCAGGAUAUACAUUUGGACUCAUUUAGCUUACCCCUGACUUUAGAGUUUGAUUCUGCCACCAGCUUUAGACUUUACAACCACCAAUGGAUUACACUUGAGCAGGAGAGGGGAAAGUUGAACAUUAGCGUUGAUUACAAACCAUCUACAAAUAGAGCUUUGACAAUUGAUGAUUUUGAUCUGUUGAAGGUCAUCGGUAAGGGCUCUUUUGGAAAAGUUAUGCAAGUAAGAAAAAAAGAUACCAAUAAAAUUUAUGCUUUGAAAGCCAUUAGAAAAUCAUACAUCGUCUCCAAAUCGGAAGUUACACAUACUUUGGCCGAGCGUACUGUUUUGGCUCGUGUCGAUAACCCUUUCAUUGUGCCACUAAAGUUUUCAUUUCAAUCACCAGAAAAAUUAUACUUGGUGCUCGCUUUUAUCAAUGGCGGUGAGUUGUUUUACCAUUUACAAAAGGAAGGUCGCUUUAGUUUAUCAAGGGCUAGAUUCUAUACCGCGGAAUUACUCUGCGCACUAGAAACCUUGCACAGUUUGGACGUAAUCUACCGUGAUUUGAAGCCUGAAAACAUUCUGUUAGACUAUCAAGGCCAUAUUGCCUUGUGUGAUUUCGGUCUUUGUAAGCUGAACAUGAAAGGCCAAGAGAAAACGAACACAUUCUGUGGUACCCCUGAAUAUCUUGCUCCUGAGCUAUUACUUGGCCAAGGGUAUUCCAAAGUGGUCGAUUGGUGGACGCUUGGUGUCUUGUUGUAUGAAAUGCUGACGGGCCUUCCUCCAUACUACGACGAAGAUGUUCCAAAGAUGUACAAGAAAAUUUUGCAAGAACCCUUAAGAUUUCCUGACGGUUUUGAUAGAGACGCCAAAGAUCUACUCAUCGGGCUACUGAGUCGUGACCCCAAGAGAAGACUAGGCUACAACGGCGCGGAGGAAAUUAAAUCACAUCAGUUUUUCAGCCAAUUGAGUUGGAAGCGCCUCUGGAUGAAGGGUUACAUUCCACCUUACAAACCUCCAGUGAUAAAUCCUUUGGAUACCAGUAACUUCGAUCAAGAAUUUACCAGAGAACAGCCUGUUGACAGUGUUGUUAACGACUUCCUCAGCGAAAGUGUCCAGCAACAGUUCGGGGGCUGGACCUAUGUCGGUAGCGAGCAGUUAGGGAGCUCAAUGAUUCCAGGCAGAAGCAUCAGAUAA